GCUAAAUAGAGUCAAUCUAUCCUCAUGUAUUAACAGUGAAAACGACAAGAAACGCGUGAGCUCAGCUGUCAUUCGGGGCGCUUCCUCAUAACAUAACAGAGCCAUCACCCAAAGAUAAAUACCCAGACUGGUGACCUAAGAUGACCAGAGUAGGUCCCCUGCAGCAGCAUCCUCUAGCAGGGUGCAGUGACCCAGACAUCCGGCUUGUCCCCCUGCCUGCCCCGGUGCCCCUGGUCCCCGCUAGCCUCCUGCGGUGCCCGGAACUGGACCUGUCUCUCCCCCUCAGCCCAGACCCGCCACGGCCCAACCCGGCUAGCUUGCUGAGAGGACGCAGCCACCGGCAGGUGCGAUUUGCCUCCGAAGAGCCUGUGGUUGUCACGGUGAUAGCAGAGCCUAGCAAAGACCCUCCACCUUGGCAAUACCCUGGACACUCCAGCAGUUACUCAAAGGGGAAAAGACUCCAUGGUGGAGGUCUGCGUUGGAGGGCAAGGUCAGCAACCAAUGAGGAGGCUCCCUGUGAGGAGAGGGGUGGCAGCCUCCCUGAAGGGGCGGAGUUAAAUACUACUCUGGCUCUGAGGUCUGAGCUAGAUAACGUGGCAGGGGCAGAGUUUAACUCCCAGAAGGCCGUGCAGGAGCAACUACAGAAGUCAGACAGAACCAAGAACAGCAUGAGCGCCCGGGCUACAGAGGGGGUGAACGUCUCUCCAUCCCAGCACCUCUACAGGGCAUUGGUCAGUGUGAAUGUGGAGGAGGAGGAGCUCAUCAGCCAGGCUCUACGUGACAGGCUUCAGCUGGUCUCGCCCACAUGCAGCCAUGGCAACAAGAAAGAGGACAGUCCUGACCUGCAGGUUUUCUUCAGGGGGGAUCUGCUGAGAGAGAAGCCCCUCCUACCAAGGGAGGAGAUUACCAUACCACGCCCCCAGCCCAUCCCACGCCCCGCAGACACAACCUUCGACCUCUACCACAGACACACAUGCUGGGAGGCUGGACCCUGACACACUUACUCUGAACCUCUAGACUGAAAGGCCCUGUCCCAAAACUUAAGAAAGCAUGAUCCCUUCUUUCCCUCCCUACCUCCGUCAUUCUCGGAUAUAAAUAUUGUAUUUUAAACCGAAUACAACAGGUGUAAACCUUACAGUGAAAUGCUUACUUACCGGCCCUAACCAACAGUGCCAUUUUAAGUAAAAAUAGGU